CCCUUCAUUCCUCCCCCACGGCUCCUGGUGAGGAUUGGUGAAAGAAACUCCUGUUCGACUUCUCACUGGGCUGAGACUUUUCUGGGCUUUCUGAGGACACUGACAUUUCAAAGAUCAACAGCUUACUGCACAGCCCACAGAGAUGAAGAUUGUGAUCCUUAUGGCUCUUCUGUGUGGGACUCUCGCAGCCCCAUUUAUGAAGGGAGAACAGGCAAAACAGUUCAUGAGGCUGAAGAGACAGGCUGGAUACUGGGAUCCACACCACUCUCAGAACGUGUGGGGUUACACUGUUCAAGAACAGGUUAAUGAGUACUGGACCGCCCUCCGUACUGAUGCCCAGUACUACAUGGACAUGAGUCACCUGAUGUUUGACCCCUCUGUGGCAGAUGAAAACAGCCGAAGGUAUGUGGAGAUGCUGCGUCACGCAAGGGCUCACCUGGACACCCAGCUUGGCAGUCAAUAAAACCGUCCGUCUCUAUCAUUCUUAAUCAUAUUAUAUAUAUAACACCAAAAAUAUUAUAAUAAUUAUCACAUUUUUAAAAGCACAUUUAUUAUUUUUCAUUUUUACAUUCAGGCUCAGAUUAAAA